AGGCUGCGCUGUAAUUAGCAGCGACCGGCAGCCUCAUCAACUAAGUCCACUUGCAGGUGGCUGCUGGCGCGGCUCGGCUCGGCUCGGCUCGGAGUUCGGCCUCACCGACUUGCUGUGAGAGAGAAAGAAGGAACGAAAGAAGAAGAAGAAGAAGAAGGAAAAACUCGGCCCAGUGUGUGGAUUGUAGCUCGGUUAACUGGACCGUCGACAUCUGGCAAGGUGACGGGGAAGACAUGUUUUAAACGACUGCGGAGGAGCGUCGUCCGCCUGUAAGGAGAGAAGCCAGUGACUCACCCCCGCUGCACCUCUUGCUGAGCCAUUAUUGCCAUGGAAACCCCAAGCCAGAAACGCACCAGCCGUGGUCCCAACACCUCCCCCUCACCCGCCCGCAUCACAAGGCUGCAGGAGAAGGAGGACCUGUGCAACCUCAAUGACCGCCUGGCUGUGUACAUCGACAAGGUGCGUUCGCUGGAGGUAGAGAAUGCAGGACUGCGGCUGCGCAUCACCGAGUCUGAGUCCCUGGUCAACCGCGAUCUGUCGGGCAUGAAGGCAGCCUACGAGACAGAGCUGGCCGACGCCCGCAAGACCCUGGACCAGGUGGCCAAGGAGCGAGCACGCCUGCAGCUGGAGCUGGGCAAGAUCAGGGAGGAGCAAAAGGAGCUCAAAGCCAGGAACAGUAAGAAGGAGUCUGACCUGGAGGCAGCUCUGGCCAGACUGAGGGACCUGGAGGCCCUGCUCAACUCGAAAGAUGCUUCCCUCACCACGGCCCUGGGGGAGAAGCGGGCCCUGGAGGCUGAAGUAAAGGACCUCAAGGCCCAGCUGGCCAAGUUGGACGGUAACUUAGUCGAUGCCAAGAGGCAGCUGCAGGAUGAGAUGCUGAGGAGAGUGGACGCCGAGAACCGCCUGCAGACCCUGAAGGAGGAGCUGGAGUUCCAGAAGAACAUCUACAGUGAGGAGCUACGUGAGUCCAAGCGUCGGUAUGAGUCCCGCGUGGUCGAGAUUGACAGCGGACGUCAGCAGGAGUUUGAGAGCAAGCUGGCUGAGGCCCUCACCGAGCUCAGAGGCCAGCACGAGGAUCAGGUCAGCCUCUACAAGGCGGAGCUUGAGAAGACCUACCAGUCUAAGUUGGAGAACGCCCGUCAGUCAGCUGACAGGAACAGCCAGUUGGUGGGAGCUGCACAUGAAGAGCUGCAGCAGACCCGUAUUCGAGUGGAGGGCAUGUCAAGCCAGCUCAGCCAGCUGCAGAAGCAGCUGGCGGCGAGCGAGGCCAAGGUGCGGGACCUGGAGGAGGCUCUGUCGCGGGAACGGGACCUGAUGAGGCGGCGGCUGGAGGAUAAAGAGCGGGAGAUGGCUGAGAUCCGAGCCCGGAUGCAGCGGCAGCUGGACGAUUACCAGGAGCUGCUGGACAUCAAGCUGGCGCUGGACAUGGAGAUUAAUGCUUACAGGAAGCUGCUGGAGGGAGAAGAGGAGAGGCUGCGUCUGUCACCCAGCCCUCCGCCCACCAAGGUCACAGUGACCCGGACAUCGGGCUCAGGCCACGGCCACACAAGCCGCCUGCUCCACUCCUCAGCCACCGCCUCCAGCAGCCGCAACUCCUCCGGCACAGCCAGCACCAAGAAGCGCCGCCUCAAUGACAACGACAGCGAGACCUCCAGCAUGGUGGGGGGCACUGUGACCAAGACUCGCAUCAGUCAGCACGCCUCAGCCAGUGGCCGCAUCACUGUGGACGAGGUUGACCUGGAGGGCAAGUACAUCCGUCUCAGCAACAAGGCCGACGAGGAUCAAUCACUGGGCAACUGGCAGGUGAAGAGGCAAGUCGGGUCCGCCACCCCCAUCGUCUACAAGUUUCCCCCCAAGUUCAGCCUGAAGGCUGGAGGAAAUGUGACUAUCUGGGCUGCUUCUGGCGGUGGAACCCACAACCCUCCCACUGACCUGCUUUGGAAGACCCAGAACUCCUGGGGCACCGGCGACCUCCUGCAGACCAUCCUUAUUAGUGCUAACGGAGAGGAAAUGGCCAUGAGGAAAGUGACACGCACCCUAUUCCAUGACGACGAUGAUGAGGACAUGGGAGCUCACAGCACGAGCGGUGCGGAGAACGAGUACAACCUGCGGAGCCGCACGGUGAUCUGCGACUCCUGCGGGCAGCCGUCGGAGCGUGGCUCAGGUGUCUGCAGCAGCGGGGGUCUACCUGAAGGCCUCGUGGGACAUUCCUUCUUCAUGGGCACCAACGAGCCCAGACAGGGUCGUGCCAAGCCAGAGAACUGCUCCAUCAUGUAAAAACCAAACAGCACCUCACCUGAACCCACCACCUCCUGUAGUCCACAUAGAAGAAUAAUUUUCUACCGCUGGGACGUAUCUUUAUUUUUUUUAUAUGAUCUUAUCUUAUUUUGUAAUCAGAUUAAUCUGCAGGUUAGAUUUGCUUCGAGGUUUUGGCAAAAGGGCACAGGAUUUUCAUAUUCAGCUUUUGAGUUUGUAUAUUCAAGUUACGUUAUUGCAUGUGUGCCGUGCUAAUGCUUGUACUGUAUUCUGCUCUUGCUUGCCCACUCACGUCUGCGCAUACGCAGAGCUCCGUUGACCAGUGCUUGUGCUUCGAUCCAAGCUGGGGUUUCACAUUUAAUGGCCAGGCUGUCAACACUCAACACGCACAGCUAGUGAACCCUGUCAGGAAUAAGUCUCUACAGCUAUACAGACAACAGGAAAAUGGAUCCUGUGGGGCUUGUUGAUCAUGUUAAUCUCCCAUAAAAUAGAGCAAAUCUUUAUUUAAAGGUGUUGGUUAUUUUUACAGUUGAAAUUUAUUUGCCUUGUUUUUUUGUUUUGUUUUUUUUGAAGCCGUGUUGUGCUAUCUUUAUAUGCUACAGAGAUAAUAAACUAGCUAAGGUGCUUUCUUCAAAAUUAUCCAAAGAAAUCCAAAGUACUGUAAGCUCAGGGUAUACCACAGGAUUUCUUUUCACCAUAGCCUUAAAGAAACAUGUCAUAGUAUAUUUUCCAUGUGGAUUUAGAUCCUACGGUUGGGCAGCUGUGGUGCACGCAGAAAAUAAUUGUUUGAGAUGAAUAUAUUUUUGUCUUCAAUUCACAGCUGGACCAAAGAGAAAUGUAUUUGGUUAUAUUUUUGAAAGUCUGGACAUAAGGAUUUAUAGUUUGCCGGAUAAGUUGAGCGUACCCGGUUGAAUGAGUCAGAAGAGUCUCAGCUAGAUGUACAUUUAAAUGAGUUGCCUUAUUAUUGUUAAGUAAUUCCAAAGGUGUUAUGUCAUGAUGAUGGAACGAUGCAGAUUUUGUUUUCUACCUGGGGAAAUAUCAGGAGUAGGUACUACAUUUUGAGUUUUUACUUACAGAUUUGGUGCCAUAUAUACAGUAUAUAUUUAUAGGAAUUUUCAGCUUAUUCAAAGAAGUCAACACUAUUCUAAUAGAGAACCGUUGCUGCUUUUUAGAGAGUGCAGCACUAGUUUUUGGACACAUUUUAACAAGCUUUUUAUUCUACAGAUUAAAAAUACAGAUGACUUCAGAGGACAGAAAAAAGCAUCAACAAUCACUGUUCUCUGCUCACAUGCCUCGUAUCGCAGUCUUGUGACUGUCAGCCGUCCUCUGGUUUGUGUGGCUCCUAAAAACUGGUCAUAAGGGCUUUUUGGGUUUUUUUUUUUUUCCUUUUCUUUUCAUCUAAGCUUACUGGCUUUGCAAAUCCCCACGCAUGAUUUUGGGAUCUAAGUAAGACUGAGGGGUUUGUAUACUCUGUGACUUUGGCUUUAUCCACUGCUUUUAUUGAGGGCCAUGCCAAUUACGCACAGCAGGUAGAUUUAUACUGUAGUCUGGCAGCUUAUGUCAUUUAUACUCCAGAGUAAAGCAUAUCAAAGCAUUUAUGGAAAAUACUUGAUAGCUGUUUUUGGUAUUUUUUGUUUUCAUUGUACUUAAUAGAAGGUAUUUCUGCCAUAUUAGACCUUUUUUUUCUUUGCCUUAAGUAGAUAUCUGAUUUUGAUAUUAUGAUUCCCACAGUGCCUUAAAAAGUCCAUGACAAUGGUUUGAGAGCUCCAAAGAUAUUUAGUAUUUGUCCUCUGUGACACAGAUAUACAGUUGACACAGACAUAUUAAUUGUCUCAUAUGUAAAUUUAUGAGACACGAGUACUGUAUGUAAUUGUGUAAUACGUGCACAACUAUUAACUCAGUCAUCCCUCCCAGAACAGCUGAUGGAAAGGGUGUGGUCAGGGUUUUUCAGAGGCCUGUCUGACUGACUGCAAUAUAAUUUCAAGUUAAUGAAGACCCAGGACGCUUACAAACUCAGAUUCAAACCACAGAUGUGUUAUAUGUGACUAAAACACUUUGAAGGAGGAUUUAAAUGUUGCCAAAAGGGAUUUCUUAUUGCAAGUCUUUAAUGCCAUAGUUGUAUUUAGCUUGAAGUGGGAUUUGUGUCAGUUUUUGUUUUGUUUUGUUUUUUGUCUUUUUUCCUGUUUUCUUUUCUAAAAUAAUACUGAGUAAAAAAAAUUUUUU